AAUGAAUCUUAAGCUUUAGCUGAACAAGUCACAUUCUUGGGUUUCACUCUCAAACUUUCUUUAUCAAUCUUUAGAGUGAAAAAAAAAGAGGUGGCACUUUCGUACAAGCCACGGUCACCCCCACCAGCAUUAUCUGUCGCUCUGUGUUCUCUAUCUCAGCCUCCUACUUCGCUGCUGUAAAUGCAGCUGGGUUUUAGUUUUACUGUAUUAUCUCAUGGGGAAGAAGGGAGGCACUUCCUGGUUGACUGCUGUCAAAAGGGCUUUCAGAUCUCCCACUAAAGACGACGAAGAUCGAAAGAAAAGAGAGAAGCGAAGGUGGAUUUUCAGAAAACCCACAAAUUUUAACCAACAAGAAACCGUGACCCAAGAAGCAGCUGCGGAGCAAAAGCAUAUUUCAGCAGCUGCGGAGCAAAAGCAUGUUUCAGCAGCUGCAGAGCAAAAGCACAUGCUUGCUGUGGCGGUGGCCACGGCGGAGGCGGCAAAGGCUACCUCCCACGCAGCCGCUGAGGUAGCUCGGCUGACUAGGCCUUCCAAUCAUGCCAGAGAACACUACUACGCCAUUGUUAUCCAGACAGCUUUCAGAGGAUACUUGGCAAGGAGGGCGCUUCGUGCGCUUAAAGGGCUUGUGAAGUUGCAGGCCUUGGUGAGAGGCCACAAUGUGAGGAAGCAAGCAAAGAUGACGCUUAAGUGCAUGCAGGCUCUGGUUCGGGUGCAGGCUCGGGUGCUCGAUCAGCGCACCAGGCUUUCUCACGAAGGCAGCAGACAGUCUGCGUUUAGUGACACCACUAGUAGCGUUUGGGAAUCGCGGUAUCUUCAAGACAUAUCGGAUAGGAAAUCCAUGCAGUCUAGAGAGGGAAGUAGCAUAGCAGAUGAUUGGGAUGAACGUCCUCACACCAUUGAGGAAGUAAAAGCCAUGUUGCAGCAACGGAAAGAAGCUGCAAUGAAGAGUGAGAAAUCGUUGUCCCAAGCCUUUUCUCAACAGCUAUGGAGGAACAGAAGGACCCCGUCUAUGGGAAAUGAGGAUGAGCUUGAAGAGAGACCGGAAUGGCUCGCGCCAAAGCCAUGGGAGACCAGAGGAAGACCUUCAACUGACCGGAGAGACCCCAUUAAAACAGUCGAAAUCGACACCCCUCAGCCUUAUGUUAAUUUACCACCAAACUACAGAAGAUCAAGUGCAAGCCAAUACCACCAACACCAACACCAACAACAAAGACCCAGUUCACCAAAACAAAGACCUGGCUCACCAAAACAAAGACCCAGCUCACCACUCCAUAGAGAUCGAGCCUACCAAAACCAACCCCUUCAUCAUCACUCCCCUAUCACACCCUCACCAUCAAAAACCCAGCCUUUCCUAGUCCGGUCUGCAAGCCCUCGUUGCGUUAGAGAAGAUAGAAGCUCCAAUGCAUCUCAAACUCCAAGCCUUAGGUCCAACUAUUUCUACACUGGUGCUGUGCACCAACAACAUAGCAGCAGGGCGGGUCGUACAAGUAAUAGUAGCAUUGCCAAUUCUGGUGCUGCGUUGCCUAAUUACAUGGCUGCAACCGAGUCUGCCAAGGCUCGGAUACGCUCUCAGAGCGCACCACGGCAAAGGCCAUCUACACCAGACCGGGAACGAGCAGCUGGAUCAGCAAAGAAAAGGCUCUCGUUUCCAGCUCCUGAUCCUUACGGCCUGGCAAUGGGGUAUGGAGGUUAUGGAUACAGCUUGAGGAGUCCAAGCUUUAAGAGUGUGAGUGCAUCGCAUUUCGGCGUGGAGCAACAGUCUAACUAUUCUUGUUGCACUGAGAGUCAUGGUGGUGAGAUUUCCCCUUCUUCAACUAGUGACCUUAGAAGGUGGUUGAGGUGAUUAAUGGCUGAAACUGAAAGGGGGAUUGUGAGCUAUAACUUGUCACAAUCUUUUAUUCUGAUUUGACCAUUAAAUAAUGUUCUAGAGGCAAUUGGGAUGUAAUUUUAGGGAGCAGUGAGUAUUUGGGUAGGUAGUAGAAAGGAUCUGAUUGAAGGGUUUUUCCUUUCUAAGAGCAACUCCAGCCUAUCAAAGGCCCCCUAGGGCAACUUACUAUUGAAUCCCCUUAAUGAACAGUAACCAUCUUUAAUGAACAGUAACUGUCUUUUGUAUCUUCA